AUGAAAGAGAACCUCAAUGGCCUAUUUGCGGCAGGUGGCGGAGAUGGUCCGGAAGCUAUGACUGCAGCGCUCAAAGCUGCAGCUGAUCUCGACUGGCGCCCUCACGCUGCAAAAAUGGCCAUCCUAAUUACCGAUGCUCCGCCGCAUGGUAUUGGCGAAUAUGGUGACGGAUUUCCCAAUGGGUCGCCAGAUGGACAAGACCCGAUUGUGCUGGCUCGCAAAAUGUCGGCGAUGGGCAUUUCAAUUUUCGUCGUGGCUUGCGAGCCUGCUUUGUCAGGAUACCAGCACGCAGUGGACUUUUACCAGGGCCUCGUCAGCAUCACAAGCGGCCUACUAGUUCCACUAACGACAGCCUCGCUCCUAAGUCACGUCGUUAUUGCUGCGGCUGGAGAAGUCAUGGACCUUGAUCGGCUGCACCGCGAAGUCGGCGAUUCAGUUCUAGAACGCAUGAAGGGACUCAGUCUCAGUCUAGGUAAUGAGGCAACUGACUCGACAUCCGCGAUAUCCAGGCUCGUUGAUCAAGUCGCAACCGAGCUGCACGAAAAGCUUCUUCUCCGGCAAGAAAAUACUAAGCAACUCAUUAUUGAAAGCAUAUACCGCGAAAGUGAAGAAUCUACCCACAAUAUUCGAGUUUGGUCACACGCUCCUGACAUCUUCACAGCUCGUCCCCAUAUUCGCAAAGUCAUUGGCUCGCGGCUCAGUCAAAAAUACUUGGAUAUGCGCCGCGCAAGCCAGCAAGCAAGGUUGUGGCGGCCUACACCUACCCCGCUCAGCGGCGCACUAAAUGACGAGCCUACCAGCACUCCAAAGCGGCAAAUUGUCUCGCAAUUUGCUGCAUUUGAAGCAAAGCCUGGGCUGCGAGUCCAAGCCUCCCCGAACCCGCCCACCAAUGUAACGAAUCUCAGCACUGGCACAUACCGAUCAUCAGGCAUGGACAUGGAUGACGACGGUGAUGAUGCUUUCAUCGCUGACAGUGGUAUUGAUGAUCGCACGGGCACCUCUCAUGAUAAUGAAGUACGCGUCGAAGGUGACGAUGGCCAGAUGCUCGCAUACCGACAUGAUGCCAUUUCUCUAUCUCAGGCACGCCGUCUGGCCAUGCAGAGUCUCUCGCGAGCUUCGUAG